GCCUAGAUCAGUGAUCCUGAUCCAGGCACCAGGAUUUAUGUCCCGUCUGUGUUCGGUCGUGGAUAAUUUCUCGUAUUUAAUUUAGUUUUAUUGUGUGCUAAGUGAUUCAAACUUAAUUUUAAGUGAAAAAUAGUUCAAGAUGUGUGAAGCGUGGUUGGAAUUUUGCAAAUCAAUUUUGGAUUAAAGAAAUGUUCGGAAAUUCUUGUGUAUUGACAGAAUUCCCGGAACAUGAAGUUUUCUGAGUGGUUGUGAUUGUGAUUAGGCCAAGGGCCUGUAGUUAAGUUUUGUGAAAGGUAAUUGUGAAUUAGUGCUUAAAAAUGGCUGAUUUGGAAGCUGUAUUGGCUGAUGUCAGCUAUUUAAUGGCAAUGGAGAAAAGCAAGUGCACUCCAGCUGCUAGGGCAAGUAAGAAGAUCAUACUUCCAGACCCUAGUGUCAGGAGUGUAAUGCACAAGUACUUAGAAAAGAAAAAUGAAGUGAAUUUUGAUAAAAUAUUCAACCAAGUCUUAGGUUAUCUUCUUUUUAAAGACUUCUGUGAAAACGUUUCAGAGGAGCCAGUCCCUCAACUUAGGUUCUACGAAGAAAUCAAGCAAUACGAAAAGCUAGAGUGUCCUGAUGGGAGACGGAAACUAGCUCGGGAAAUCUACGAUGAUUUUAUUAUGAAAGAACUGCUCGCACACGCACAUGACUAUCCAAAAGAUGCAGUCGCCCAUGUACAAAAGUAUUUAAUGAAAAAUGAAGUUCCCGUUAAUUUAUUUGAGCCUUAUAUUCAAGAAAUUUUUAACCACCUACGAGGUACACCCUUCAAAAAGUUUUUAGAAAGUGAAAAAUAUACGAGGUUCUGCCAGUGGAAGAACUUAGAAUUAAAUAUACAGUUAACAAUGAACGACUUCAGUGUGCAUCGAAUCAUCGGGAGGGGGGGUUUCGGUGAGGUGUACGGCUGCCGCAAGGCAGACACUGGAAAGAUGUACGCCAUGAAGUGUCUGGACAAGAAGAGGAUCAAGAUGAAACAAGGGGAGACCCUGGCGCUCAACGAACGGAUAAUGCUGUCGCUCGUCAGUACCGGAGUGGACUGCCCGUUCAUAGUGUGUAUGACUUACGCAUUCCAUACUCCCGACAAGUUGUGUUUCAUACUGGACCUGAUGAAUGGCGGGGAUCUGCAUUACCAUCUUUCACAACACGGCGUCUUCAACGAGCUGGAGAUGAAGUUCUACGCAGCUGAAGUUAUACUUGGUUUGGAACAUAUGCACAGAAGGUACAUUGUUUACCGGGACCUGAAACCUGCCAAUAUAUUGCUGGACGAGCACGGACACGUUCGCAUCUCUGACCUGGGUCUCGCGUGCGACUUCUCAAAGAAGAAACCUCACGCCAGUGUAGGUACUCAUGGCUACAUGGCACCAGAAGUGCUGAGCAAAGGGACGGCAUACGACUCGAGUGCUGACUGGUUCUCGCUGGGCUGCAUGCUCUACAAACUGCUCAAGGGCCACAGUCCGUUCCGACAACACAAGACCAAGGACAAGCAUGAGAUAGACCGCAUGACACUCACCAUGAACGUGGAGCUGCCGGAGUCGUUCUCGAGAGAGCUACGCACUCUGUUGGAGGGACUGCUCAUGCGAGAUAUCGACAAGAGACUGGGCUGCAGAGGCCAAGGAGCGGACGAAGUGAAAGAACAUCCGUUUUUCGCCGGGUUGGACUGGCAGCAGGUGUACAUCCAGAAGUACACACCCCCGCUGAUACCUCCUCGAGGGGAAGUCAACGCUGCAGAUGCCUUUGACAUAGGAUCGUUUGACGAAGAGGACACUAAAGGCAUUAAGCUGACAGAUGCAGACCAAGAUCUGUACAAGAACUUCCCUCUGGUAAUCUCGGAGCGAUGGCAGAACGAGGUGGCGGAGACGGUGUUCGAGACAAUCAACCUAGAAGCGGACAAGAUGGAACAGAAGAGGAAAGCCAAGCAGAAACAGCGAUUCGACUGUGACGAGAAAGAAUCUGACUGUAUCCUGCAUGGUUACAUCAAGAAGUUGGGCGGACCAUUUGCGUCGGCGUGGCAGACACGGUACGCCAAGCUGUAUCCAAACCGGUUGGAACUGCACCCAGAGAGCGGCAGCACCAAGCCUGAACUGGUGUUCAUGGACCAGUUAGAGGAGGUGUCGGCCGACCUGGUCACCGUCAAGAGUGAGCAAUGCAUCGUGCUCAAGACCCGAGACGCUAAAAUCGUCCUCACCAACCCUGAUGAAAUCGGCCUGAAGGAGUGGUCGCUGUCGUUACGCUCGGCACACAAGUGUUCCCUGGAGUUGCUCGGCAGCAUGGCCAAGAAGGCGGGCAAGAUCUACGGGACCGAGCGGGACAAGGUGGUACCGGUGAUCGCUCCUCGCACCACCAACGGGAACUAAACUCGUUUUGUUGGACAUAACGUUAAGACCAAUUAUUAUUUUUAUUGGUUUUUUUAUAUAGCGUAAUAUAUUUAUUAUCAAUAAUAUUUAUUUAUCGUUAGUCUGUAAAUUCCCCCAGCGUGUACUCAAGAGUAGCGUAAGAUUUAUGGUUUUGUAAUGUAAAUUUCUACAAUUUUAAUAUAAGUUCUGUUGUGAAUAAAAGUUGUAAAUGUAAAAAAAUUAAAAACAAACAAUCAAGAGUGUGGAGUGCGUUUGUACACUUCCGCAUAACUAUCAAUCUAUAGCGUAAGGUGUAUUUAUGUUAGCGCUAGGUAGACUGUUGCUUGUGCAAGAUCUGUGAGUGCUCUGUGAUUUCGUUAGUAGACGUUUCAGCUUUACGUAUUUGUCAGCUGUCACGCGUUGCGCGUUGGCAUCGGUUCAAUUCGUAGGUUAUAUUUAUUGUUGUCUGUAUUACCUUGUUGAACAUUGUAGGGUUAUUUAUUGUUUUUUCUCGUCUAGCACAAUUUACGUAUUCCAAAAUGUACAAUGUGAUUAAAAUAGGUUUACAAUGUUACAGGUUUCACGGAGUACGUUUGUCGUUCGUUUCGGUAUGCAUCUCGAAUUUUAAUCACAUUAUCGUUUGUUUUCCAGCGAAAAUCAGUGUUGAAAAAUUAAAACGUUUAAAGUAGUGAAAAUAUUAUUUUGAACCAAUUUUAAACUUUUACUUUACGUACAUUUUAAGUUCUUAAUAUAAUUGAGUAUCUUUUAUUACACCAGAUCUUCCUUGUUGUAGUCUUCUUUGUGUUUUUUUAUAUAUAUAUAUUUUAUUUGGAACUAUAUUAAUUAAGACGUCUUUCUAUGUGCUGAUAAAGAUGUUAUUGUUAUAAUUGCUUUCUUUAUUUCCUUACAGUAAUGUAUGAAUUGAUGUUAAUAGACAUUUAAAAAUUAUCUACAUGAUGUUGAAAUAUUUCUUAAAACUAAGUAUGUUACUCUUGUUUUGUGAUAUGGAUUAUUGCACAGAAGGCAGCCAUAUACCAUCUAGUUUUAAUAGCGUUAUUCAUAUUCAUAUAUUUAUUUAUUUAAUUUGUCCCACUAGCUUUCAUCCAUACAGACAUGAAACAAUCAUUUUAUUUACAGUUCCGAAAUGUGUAUUACUUUUCUUUGGAGAGAUAGAAUUAGGAUUAUUUUGGUUAAUUUAUCAUAAUAAUUUAAUAGUCGUUUCAUUUAACAAUUAAUUUAAUGAAAAUCUGUACUUGUUUUUCGUUAUUUUCCUCGUUUUGUUAAAAUUACAAAUACCCGAAGUAUCUGCACAAUCUACAGUACUAGUCUAUUAUGUAUAGUAUUUUGUUUUGUAUUUUCUGCACAGGGUAAAUAUAGGGUGAUGUGCCAUGUUUGUUGUCCAAUAUAUUUUUAAUUUAUAAGUUUUUGUACUUUGCAUAAAUUCUUUAAUAACAAUAAUUAAGUAAUAAUAAUGCACUUUAAUGUCUUAAAAUCUUUAUUUAUCGUAAUCUUAUGUUUUAUCUCUGUCCAUUAUGUCUCUGUUUUAGAUUUUGUUAGUUACUUCUUGUUGAUCGUUUUCUAUAUAACUACUCAUGGCAAAAAAAAAACAUUGUUCUUGGUUUUUAGAAAAAAAUCAAAUAAAAAUGGCAUGUUAUUUUAGAUACAUUUCAGUUCGAUUUUUUACAUUCUUCAUGUGAACAAAACCUAAAAGGUUUGUACUGGUAGUUUUUAUUUAGCAUUGAACACUUUUUUAGUUUAAUGUUCCUUUUGUUUAGUUUUUAUUAUUAAAAUGUUGUAUCAUACUACAGUCGAAAUUAUAAUUUCAGUAUUACACGAGUAUUUAGAAAAGACAUGCCAAAGCAGUAAAUGUUUUAUUUGUUGAAAUUAUGUUUCCUUUCGUUUGAUAAUAUAUUAAUGUUUCUACCAGUGA